AUGCAAGUAUUGAUUGCUUAUCCAUUUAAAAGUGAAAUUUGUAAUCGUGAUCAAUUAAUUUAUUUACCAGAAUUAGUUCAAGAUGAACCCAGCUUACGUGUCGCUAUUCGUCAACAUCGUCCUCAUGUUAUUAUUGUUGGAAAUAAUUCUGUUGAAAGUGAAACACUUGAUUUAUGGCGUGCAAUUAUGAGUUAUGAUGUUCAAUUAACAUUAAUUCGAAGAGGUUCAUCACUUUCUCGUAUUAAUGUUAGUCGAGCUAAACAAUUAAAUAUAAAUGUAUUAAAUACAUUAAGUGUGAAUUCUCGAUUUGUUGUUGAGUAUAUGAUUGAACAUCUUCAUUUACCAAAUAGUGAUACUUGUUCAACAAUUGGAAUUAUUGGGUCAGGUGCUAUUGGAAGGCGAAUUGCGUAUCGUUUAUCUACAGCUAAACAUAAAGUUAAUGUUUACAGUCCAUCAUUAACAAAUCCUGAUGAAUCUGUUCGGAAAAAAAUUCGAAGAAGCAAAGGUAUUGAUUUACCCAAUAUAAAUAUUUCCAUGACACCUGAGCAAGCUGUUAUAAAUGCUACACAUGUUGUAAUUGCCGUUGAUGCUGAUAGUGUUACAAAUGUUAAUGAACAAUUAUCUAAAGAAUUUUUUCAAAUAAUACCAAAUGGAGCAAGAAUUGUGUCUGUGACUGAAUUUCGUGUAUUUGCUGAAGGAGCACUUGAUAUUCUUAUUGAACGUGUUCGACAAGGACAAAUUAGUGCCCGUUUAGAUUCACACGCAUUCGAUAUAAUUACAAUUCAAGAUCCUCCAACAGAGUUAGAAGCUGUAUCAGCUGCUAUGACAGUACCUGGGUGUGGUGAAGCUAUGGAUCAAGCUGCUAUUGUUCUUCUUUCCAAUGUGGUCCUUGAACAAUCAUUUAAAUCACCAUUGCCAUUUUUUAUUGAUUCAUCUAGAAAAAAUGAAGAAAUUACUGUUAUUGGAGCAGGCAUCAUGGGUUUAGUGACUGCUUUCUUUCUUAGUGAAAGCGGUUAUAGAGUAACUAUUAUUGAUGAACAUAAUUGGCCUAAGCCUAAAAGUGUAUCUAGUGAAAAUGAAAUAUGUUGUCGCGGUACAACACUUGAUGGAUGA